UGAGGAGGGGCGGGGGUUUAUGAGGAGGCCAAGGUAGCUUUGGGGUAGAUUUGCACUCAGGGCCACCUGAGGGACUUGGCGGUAGCGCUCAGUUGUGUCCCCUCCCCUCUCAGGGACACGGUUGUCGUCUGGGAGUAGGGAACUCUGUGCGGAGGGGUGGGUUGUCGGGAGGACAUUUCUCUCGCUGCGCUUGAGGCAAGGUGUGGAGAGGCAGGGCUGGGGGUGGGGCUGGGUCGUCAGGGCGUCUGAGAGUGAAGACCCCCCCCGCCCCCCACCCCCCCCAACGCCCGUCUACACUGGCUGACUGGACACUAAGAUGGCUGCCGUUGCCAUGGCACCCAACCCUGUGCAGACCCUUCAGGAGGAGGCGGUGUGCGCCAUCUGCCUCGAUUACUUCACGGACCCUGUGUCCAUCGGCUGCGGGCACAACUUCUGCCGAGUGUGUGUAACCCAACUGUGGGGAGGGGAGGAUGAAGAGGACAGGGAUGAGUUAGACCGGGAGGAAGAGGAGGAGGACGGAGAGGAGGAGGAAGUGGACGCUGUGGGGGCCAGUGGGGGGUGGGACACCCCAAUGCGGGAUGAAGACUAUGAGGGCGACAUGGAGGAGGAAGUUGAGGAGGAAGAGGAGGGUGUGUUCUGGACCAGUGGCAUGGGCGGGUCCAACUGGGAAAACAUGGACUACGUGUGGGAGGAGGAGGACGAGGAGGAAGACCUGGACUACUACUUGGGGAACGUGGAGGGGGACCUGAGGGGGGAGGAUGAGGAGGAUGAUGAGGAAGUGCUGGAGGAGGACGAGGAAGAGGAGCUAGAUCCCAUCACCCCACUGCCCCCGCCUCCAGCCCCUCGGAGGUGCUUCACCUGCCCCCAGUGCCGCAAGAGCUUUCCCAGGCGGAGCUUCCGCCCCAACCUGCAGCUGGCCAACAUGGUCCAGGUGAUUCGGCAGAUGCACCCAACCCCUGGUCGAGGGAGCCGUGGGAACGAGCAGGGCAUUUGUCCCAAACACCAAGAAGCCCUGAAGCUCUUUUGCGAGGUGGAUGAAGAAGCCAUCUGUGUGGUGUGCCGAGAAUCCAGGAGCCACAAACAGCACAGCGUGGUGCCAUUGGAGGAGGUGGUGCAGGAGUACAAGGCCAAACUGCAGGGGCAUGUGGAACCACUGAGGAAGCACUUGGAGGCUGUGCAGAAGAUGAAGGCCAAGGAGGAGAGGCGGGUGACAGAGUUGAAGGUGGUAUCCACCAUCCCCUUUGCAUCAUCCCAGAGCCAGAUGAAGUCAGAGCUGGCAGCUGUGGCCUCAGAAUUUGGGCGGCUGACACGGUUUCUGGCCGAAGAGCAGGCAGGGCUAGAGCGGCGCCUCCGAGAGAUGCACGAAGCUCAGCUGGGGCGCGCGGGAGCAGCGGCCAGCCGCCUCUCCGAGCAGGCUGCCCAGCUGAGCCGCCUGCUGGCUGAGGCCCAGGAGCGGAGCCAGCAGGGGGGCCUGCGGCUGCUCCAGGACAUCAAGGAGACUUUCAAUAGGACCCGAGUUUCUGCCUCCUGGACCCUCUCCUUCCCCUCAGCUUCUGCUCUUCCCUCUGGGAAUACCAUGGUCCCACCCCCUGCCCGGUCCCCUUCCUCCAGGUGUGAAGAGGUACAGCUGCAGCCCCCGGAGGUCUGGUCCCCUGACCCGUGUCAACCCCAUAGCCAUGACUUCCUGACAGAUGCCAUCGUGAGGAAAAUGAGCCGGAUGUUCUGUCAGGCUGCCCGAGUGGACCUGACGCUGGACCCUGACACGGCUCACCCGGCCCUGAUGCUGUCCCCUGACCGCCGGGGGGUCCGCCUGGCAGAGCGGCGGCAGGAGGUUGCUGACCAUUCCAAGCGCUUCUCUGCAGACUGCUGCGUGCUGGGGGCCCAGGGCUUCCGCUCUGGCCGGCACUACUGGGAGGUAGAGGUGGGCGGGCGGCGGGGCUGGGCAGUGGGUGCUGCCCGUGAAUCAACCCAUCAUAAGGAGAAGGUGGGCUCUGGGGGGUCCUCUGUGGGCAGCGGUGAUGCCAGCUCCUCCUCUCGCCAUCACCACCGCCGCCGCCGGCUCCACCUGCCCCAGCAGCCCCUGCUCCAGCGGGAAGUGUGGUGUGUGGGCACCAAUGGCAAACGCUACCAGGCACAGAGCUCAACGGAGCAGACACUGCUGAGCCCAAGUGAGAAACCAAGGCGCUUUGGUGUGUACCUGGACUAUGAGGCCGGGCGCCUGGGCUUCUACAAUGCAGAGACUCUGGCUCAUGUGCACACCUUUUCGGCUGCCUUCCUGGGCGAGCGUGUCUUCCCUUUCUUCCGGGUGCUCUCCAAGGGUACCCGUAUCAAGCUCUGCCCUUGAUCAACCUGCCACCCGCAGGGGCCCCUCUGGUUAGCACUGGGGGGGCGGGUGGUGGUGGAAAGCAGCCCAUAAGUUUGGGAGCUCAAAGGCUCCUCUGUUAACUGCGUUGCUUCGUGCUCCUCCUUGACCCCAGGCCCCUGCUUCUCCCUCUAGGAGCCUAAUGAACUCCCCUAGCCUCCAGCUCAGUCUUCUCACCUACUCUGUCUGUCCAGCAGGUCUGCAUGGGUCCCUGAUGAGAACAGCUGCCUGGUCUUCCUUCCCUCCCUCUGCCCAGGGAUCUGAGUUUUUGAGUAGGGGAUGAGGGGAGAUUGUAAUCUCAUUAUAAACUUCCCUUUCCCCAUCCCUGUUCAACUUUCAUGUCAGUUCUGAGACUGGAGGAUUUGGGCAAGACUCAUGACAGCCCUCAUUCCAAUUCCAUUUUCUGAUGCAAAUUUUAGCUAAGGGAUUUGGAAUCUUUUUUGGGGGAGGCAGGCUGGGAAAAGGGUAGACCUGGAUAAUAAACAGUCUACUCUCUGGGGGAAGUAGGAAGGAUUCGAAUUUUCCUUCCAUCCCCAAUUUCUACCUCCAUGGACUGGCCAGAAUUUAGCUUCAGUGAGAGAUCUGGAAUAGUCGACAUGAUCGAAACUACGUAAAUCACAUCACCCAAUAAAUUAUUCCUCCCCCACUUCCUUUUUUCCAGCACUUAAUCUAGGAGCAAAGCUCCUCCCCUCCCCAAACCCUCAGGUCUUUUCACUGCCAGGCUCCUUUCCCUUUUGUUCAGUGGAGUUCCUUUUGUCAGGUUUCCAGCCUCUCUUCUUGUGCUUAGGUCCCUCCGUUUGGUGAGCCCUGGAGGGGAGCCUGGGGACAGGGAUUUGAAUCCCUGGGAGGAGAGCCUUGGGCAGAAUCUAUUUUUCUAGUAACCCUUUGCCUUCUGUCACUUAUCAGCUUUUGUCCUCUGCUUUGAUGGCUGAGGUCAAUUUAUGCUCCUGGGGGAAAGGGAAGAUGGGUUGUGUUGCGGAAAUAAAAAGUUUAUUUGC